AUGGUUAAUGAGUCCGCACCCAUACUCAAAGAACUGAUUGACACCACGAAUGAUUGUCUGGGAGGAGAUAAAAAGGUCAUCAUCAACUCGACGGUUAACAUCAACUUGCAGUCUCGGGUCAAUCCUGAAAUCAAGUUCAAGGUCAAGGCGUACGUGUUAAGAAAGAUCACAGCUUUUCUUCCAGCGAAAAAGGUUGGUGACCUGGAAGGUUUGGAUUUAACGGGACUUACCUUGGCUGACCCUGAGUACCACACGCCCAACAAGGUGGAUAUUUUGUUAGGUGCAGAUGUGUACGGGCAGAUUCUGCAAGAAGGAUUAAGGAAGAGUAUCCAGGGUGGAGUGAUUGCACAAUCUACAGCUUUGGGAUGGAUCAUUUCGGGCACGGUUAUGGAUUCACAGCAGAAGCCAAAGAGUAUAGUAGUAAUGCAUUCACUGAUCGAUGAAAAUGAUCUCCUUAAGAAGUUCUGGGAACUGGAAGCGGAACCUGAAAUAAAAAGAGAGAAAAUGUUUACAGAGGAAGAAAAAGGAUGUGAGGAGAUAUUCACAAAGACAACUUCAAGAGACGAGGAAGGGAGAUAUGUAGUUCGACUUCCCUUGAAGAAUGAUCCUCCUUGUGUAGACAACUCCAGGGAGAUAUCUGAAAGGAGAUUUCUUUCGUUGGAACGGAAAUUCGUGAAGAAUGAAGCCUUGAGAGAGAAAUACUCUGAAGUGAUGCAAGAAUACAUAGAUCUGAAUCACAUGGAACUUGUACCUGAUGAUCAAGUUGACAAUCCAUUGGCGAUAUACUUACCCCAUCACGCAGUCAUACGAGAAGACAGGGAAACGACGAAGUGGGACCUACCUUACAGUCAGAGCUACGACACUUGGUGA